AUGCCAAGAAAGAUGGAUGAGCUUAUUGACCAUACUACGAAGCAAUGGAGGGAGGACGUCAUUAGGCUGUGUUUUAAUCCGGAUGAGGCUAAGCACAUUUUGAGUAUAACCAUUAGUAGAUGGGGUUGCCCUAAUAAACUUAUAUGGCAUUUUAGCAAGCAUGAGGGAUAUGUGGUGAAGUCCAGUUAUGAACUGGCCCGUCAUUUACAAUGUAAUGGGGAACUGGGUCACAAGGGAGGAGGGGAGAUGAGCAGCACCCAUGGAAGGAAUGAUGUCUGGCCUACCUUGUCGAGUCUGGUGGCUCGACCUAAGAUUCGGGCCUUUGUGUAG